GCUCUUAAAUCACAAACUACUUGAUCAAUAACUCUCCAUUAUAAUGUCUCCAAUUUUAAUUCUGUCUCGUUUAUUUUUACUAUGUGCAAUAAUUCUCUCAUCUUCUACAAUUGCAGAACUGUCAAAUAUUCCAAUACUUAGUCCAAUAGGACCAAGAAUUUUACAAAACCCUAAAAAAACAUUUGUGUCUGAAUCAGUUUCUGAAGAUUUAGAAACAUAUUUCUACAACCAAACACUUGAUCACUUCAACUAUAAUCCUCAAAGUUAUCAAACUUUCCAGCAAAGAUAUGUUAUUAAUUCUAAGUUUUGGGGUGGUGCUGAUUCUGAUUCACCAAUCUUUGUUUAUUUUGGAGCAGAAGCACCGUUAGAUGGUGAUCUAACGGCUAUUGGUUUUCUUGAUGAUAAUGCUGCUCAAAUCAAUGCUCUUUUGGUAUAUAUAGAGCAUAGAUUCUAUGGACAAUCAAUCCCAUUUGGCUCCCAAGAAGAAGCAUUGAAGAAUUCAAGCAUUCGUGGAUAUUUUAAUUCUGCUCAAGCUAUUGCAGACUAUGCAGAAAUCAUUAUUCAUAUCAAGAAAAAGCGGAAAGCUGAAAAUUCUCCGGUUAUUGUUAUCGGAGGAUCAUACGGUGGAAUGUUGGCUUCAUGGUUUCGACUUAAAUACCCUCACAUAGCUCUUGGAGCUUUGGCAUCAUCAGCACCUAUUCUUUACUUUGAUGAUAUUACCCCUCAGGAUGGAUACUAUUCUAUUGUUUCCAAGGAUUUCAGGGAAGCUAGUGAGAGUUGCUAUCAAACAAUACAAAAAUCAUGGGCAGAAAUUGAUCAAGUUGCUUCUAUGCCUAAUGGCCUUCAAAUUUUAAGCAAGAAAUUCAAGACUUGCAAACCAUUGACUGAUUCUGAUGAACUAAAAGACCAAUUGGACACAAUGUAUGCGAGUGCUGCACAAUACAAUAGACCAGCACCAACGUAUCCAGUUGACCUAAUCUGCAAGGGCAUAGAUGGAAUAACAAGUAAUGAUACUCUUGAUAAAAUAUUUGGUGGAAUUGUUUCUUAUAAAGGAAAAAGAUUAUGCUAUAUUAAUCCACCCACUAAUGUCUCUCAAACAGCAUUUGGUUGGAGAUGGCAGACAUGUAGUGAGAUGGUGAUACCAAUUGGGAUAGGCAAUGACACAAUGUUCCCACCGUUACCGUUUGAUCUCAAUGUUCACAAUAAGAACUGCAACCACUUGUAUGGGAUUACACCUCGUCCUCAUUGGGUCACUACCUACUAUGGAGGUCAUAGCAUUAAAUUGAUUCUUCAGAGGUUUGGGAGCAACAUUAUUUUCUCCAAUGGACUAAAAGAUCCUUACAGUAGUGGCGGGGUGUUGGAAAACAUAUCAGACACUAUUCUUGCAGUUCAUACAGCCAAUGGGUCUCAUUGCUUGGAUAUACUUGUAGCAAAUGCUACAACAGAUCCAGAAUGGUUGCUUGCGCAACGAAAAACCGAGAUCAAUAUAAUCCGAAGAUGGAUCGAUAAAUACUACGAUAAUCUACGUAUUACCGAUGAAAAAACCACAACAAAGCUUUUGUAAUACAAAAAUUGAAAGAUAAAUAAAGUCAGAAAUUGUUUGUGUAGAACUAUGGAUAAUUGCAAAGAUCAACAGCACUAAGCUCAGUUCAAAGAAACAAAAGACUUCCAAUUUGUAUCAAAUUGGUAUUUGUUUGUGGUGGUAUGCAAAUAUAAGGGUGUAAACGAGUUGAGUCAUGUCGAGUAUUGAGAAAAUCGAAAUUGACUUGUUUACUUUGGAGUCCAGUUUCGAAUUUAUGUAUCAAGUAUUUCUCGAGCUUAUCAAAAGCUCACGAGCUUAACGAGUU